ACAAGGUCCUGAAGGACAAGAGAAGGCUGUUUGUCCGGUCAGUAGACAUGGGGACCAUCAAUGGUUUGCUGGAUGAACUCUUUGAGAAAAGAGUGCUGAACCACGAGGAGAUGGAGCGAGUGCGGUGUGCACACUCUACAGUUAUGGAUCAGGCCCGAGUUCUGAUUGACUCCGUCCUUCGGAAAGGGCCAAAUGCAUGCCAGAUUUUUAUUUCUAAUAUUUGCAAUGAGGACAUUCACCUGGCACAGACGCUGGGGCUCUCCUCAGGUUCACCAUCUGGAAAUGAUCAUACCAAACUAGACUCUCAAGUAGAAGUUCCUUCUUUACCAGCCUUCGUGGAAAACAUGCCUGGGCCAACCAUUCCUGACUCAGAAGAAUCUACAGAUACUCUCAAGCUUUGUCCUCCUGAAACAUUUGUGAAAAUGUAUAAAGAGAAGGCUGAAGAGAUCUACCCAAUAAAGGAGAGAAAGGAUCGUACUCGUCUGGCUCUCAUCAUAUGCAAUAUAGAGUUUGAUCAUCUUUCUACCAGGGAUGGAGCUGAACUUGACAUUGCAGGAAUGGAGAGUCUGCUGGAGGGCCUGGGCUACAGUGUAGUUGUGAAACGGAAACUCACUGCUAAGGGUAUGGAAUCAGUGCUACGGGAAUUUGCUGCCCGCCCAGAGCAUAAGUCCUCAGACAGCACAUUCUUGGUGUUAAUGUCUCACGGCAUCCUGAAUGGAAUCUGUGGGACCGCACACAGCGUGGAAAAUCCAGAUGUACUAGCUUAUGACACCAUCUUCCAGAUUUUCAACAACCGUCACUGCCUCAACCUCAAGGACAAACCGAAGGUCAUCAUCAUCCAGGCCUGCAGAGGUGAAAAUCCUGGGGAACUGUGGGUCAGCGACUCUCCAAAAGCCUCGACAGACAGCUGGACACAUCAACCUCUGAUGCUCCAGAGUGAUGCCAUUCACAAGGUCCACGUGGAGAAGGACUUCAUUGCUUUCUGCUCCUCAACCCCACAUAAUGUGUCCUGGAGACAUAUCACGAAGGGAUCUCUUUUCAUUGCACAACUCAUCACAUGCUUCCAAAAAUAUUCCUGGUGCUGUCACCUAGAAGGAGUAUUCCGGAAGGUACAACAAUCAUUUGAAAAACCAGAUGUGAAAGCCCAGAUGCCGACCAUUGAACGAGUAUCCAUGACAAGAUAUUUCUAUCUCUUCCCUGGCAAUU